AGUGUCAAACGGAUGAUGAUGUCCUACACAACUUAUGAAAGCUGUUGGAAAAUAGCAGAAUUAGGUUGCUCUUCAGGACCAAAUGCACUUAUGGUCGUGUCUGAUAUCGUCAACAUCAUUGGUAACACUAGCUUGCGCUUAAACCGUGGCUCACCCGAAAUCCAAAUUUACCUCAAUGAUUUAUUUGGAAACGAUUUCAAUACCAUCUUCAAGUUACUCCCUGCUUUCUAUCAAAGUAUAUUACAAGAAAAAGGAGACAAAGUUGGAGCAUGCUUUAUUCAUGCAACACCGGGGAACUUUUAUGGGAGACUCUUCCCCAAUAAUUACGUUCAAAUCUUUCAUUCCUCCUACAGUCUUCAUUGGCUAUCACAGGCACCAAAAGUUUCAACCAAGAUAGCAAAACCACUCAACAAGGGAGAUAUUCACAUAACAAGUACAAGUCCUCCAUCAGUCUAUCAAGCAUACUUGCAGCAAUUUGAAAGAGAUUUUAAACUUUUUUUAAAAUCACGCUCUGAAGAACUAACUCCGGGUGGUAUUAUGGUGCUGACAUUAAUCGGCAGAGAAAAACCUCAUGAAAUUAAAACUCCUUGUGUGGCAAUUAGCAUGGUACUCAAUGACAUGGUCCGAGAGGGUUUGAUUGAAGAGACAAAAUUGGACUUCUUUGACCUUCCUGUAUAUUUUCCUACAGCAGAGGAAGUUAGACAAGUGAUUGAUGUGGAAGGAUCUUUUAAACUUGAAAUAUUGAACAUUAUCAAGAUGGGUUGGGAUGCAGAUCUUCAAGAAGAUUUUGAUGAUUCUUUUCUUGAUAGUGCAACAAGAGGAGAGUUCAUAGCUAAGUCCAUAAGAGCUGUUUUUGAACCCCUUUUAUCGGCUGAGUUUGGAGAAGAUAUCAUGGAUGAAUUGUUCUCAAGGUUCGCAAAGCUUGUUGCAGAAUUUACUGAGUUAGAGACAUUGAAGUAUACUAAUUUGAUAGUGUCAAUGACAAAAAAUCCUUAG